AUGGGUUGGGCCAUUCGUUGGCGUCAAAUGGGUGUUGUCCUGACGCGUGGAGGCCCGCAGGCGGAAGUGAGAAGGCUCGAAAGAAAGUACCAACAACCGGUCGUUAGUGGGCCACGCAGAUACAAGAUGAGGUUUUCGUUGUUGUUAGCGGCGGUAUGCUGCUUAGUGUUGUCGGCUUAUGCGAGCCCUAUCACACGGCCUGAUGAGGAGCAAAAGGAGGUAGGCAGACAAUCCGCUGCACCACCUGCUGCACAGCCAGCGGCUACAGACGAUGAUGACGAUGACGAUGACGACGAUGAUGAUGUCGAUCUCGACGACCCAUUAUCAGACGACGACGAUGAUGAUGACGACGAUGACGAUGAUGACGAAGAGGCUGAUGAGGAGGGUGAAGAUGAUGAGGAUGACGACUAUUUGGAAAGAUUCUUUGAUGAUAUCUUAGGAGGAGGAGAAGACGAUGACGAUGAUGAUGAACCUUCAGGAGUACAAUCUGUAGUUGCUAGUGCUGAUACUUCCCCUGCCGCACCUGCUCCAGCCGCUCCCGUUGAAGAAGCUGCUGCAGCUGUUUCUGAAGAAGCCGAAGCUUCGGAAGCUGGAGAAGCUGCUGUCGAGGGUGAUGAACAAGAAGGUGUUCAGAAAGAGCCAGCUAGUGCUGAGGUAGAAGCCCCCGUUGCUGCCAGCUCGGAAGCUGCUGCUAACGCUGAUGCCGAUGAUGAUGAAGAGGAGGAAGAGGAUAUCGCUGAUGCUUUUGAUGGUGAAGAGGAUGAUGAUGACGAAGAGGAUGACGAAGAUGAGGAUGAAGAUGAUGAUAUCUCCGAAGUUCUCAGCAGGAAGAGUUCGAAACAAGCACGUGCUUUAGAACAACCCCCAAAGAAACCUGUCCCAGUACCAGCAAUUUAUAUUGUGAAGUAUAAUAGGUUUGUGGAUAAUAUUCUUGAAAAAAUGAAUGAUAUCUUGAGGCGUUCUUAUGAUCCUGUCAACGUGAAACUCCAACCCAUUGAUGCUACUAAGAAAACCACGAAACCGAAGAAGAAUAAGACAAAGACAAAUAAGAGAACAUCAAAUAAAAAGAAGAACUCCGGUCGUGGUGGAAUCACUAAUAAAAAAGCUGAAAAUGUGACUAACCAAAUAGAACAGAAAAAUGAAAUUGAAAACGCUGUCACUAAAGAUGAAAUUAUUGCAAAUGAAAAUUUAAAACUUACGGCCGUCGAAUCAAGAGCUUCUAAAAAUCCUAUCAGUAAAGCAAAAACAACCACUGCAAAACCAAAACCAAAUAAGACUACGAAACCUAAGGCGAAACCUAAACCACCACCAAAAACGACGACCAAGAAGCCAGCCAUUAAAAACAAAGUGAAAACCAGCGAGAAGAGCAAACCCAGAGCCAAGGGAACACUCUACGGACUCUCGACUUUAAGAAGAAGCGGUGAUGUUGCAGUUAACAUCAUGUCUGAUCACACAACAAUUAAAAGUAAUUUCGCAGUAGGACCGCUUACAUUGAGAGUUGAAAAAGAGGUUGGACGGAAGAAGGAAAUCAAAUCAGCCACAGCAACAACAGCUGAAAUGGUGGGAAAACUAACAUUGAGAGUUAACAAUCAAGGCGUUGCAACUUUACAUUCCAUUAAAGUCCUGCAACCUAAACAGGUUCGAGUGGAAAGCAAUCAUGAGAGGACAAGGGAAUUAGUCUGGCAGCGUAGCGCCAGAAUCGCUCAUGUAGUCUCUGAAAAACUGAGAUCGGCUUCCAAACCAAUGUUUCUUCACCAAAGCGUCGUAAGGCAGUGA